CAGGGUCUGAAUCACAGCGAUCAAUUAGCCUCAAACUACAGUUCAUACCUCGUUCAUCAUGUCACCCAACAAUCGCGCCGCCUGGCUCAAGUCCGAAAAAGCCUACCCCCUCGAAGUGGAUGAUGCGCCUUACACUGCCCCUAUGGAGAACCAAAUUGUGAUCAGAAACCAAGCCGUUGGCCUUAACCUGGUCGACUACGCCAUGCAAGACAUGGGAAACGCCCUGUUCCCCUGGACCACGUACCCGACCGUCUUGGGAUGCGACGUGGCCGGCGAAGUUGUGGAGAUCGGCCCCGGCCCUCUUGCAUCACGUUUCAAACCUGGUGACCGCGUGCUUGGCUUGACAGAAGGAGUCAAGACCAGCCGUCCAGCCGAUGGUGCCUUUCAAUCCUACGUGGUCCUCACGGCUCAAACCACCGCGCACAUCCCGUCUCAGCUAUCCUUCCCAGACGCCGCCGCCAUUCCCCUGGGUAUCUCCACCGCGGCAUGCGGUCUCUUCCAGAAGGACCAUCUUGCCUUACAACACCCGACUGCGCCUCGCGCCCCGUCAACGGGACAGACGGUGCUCAUCUGGAGUGGGUCGUCGAGUGUCGGCAGCAAUGCCAUCCAGAUGGCUGUCGCAGCCGGGUACGAGGUCCUCACAACGGCGUCGCCCAAGAACUUCGAGUUUGUGAAAUCACUGGGGGCGAGCGAGGCCUUUGACUAUCGCAGCGAGAGUGUGGUGGAGGACAUUGUGGUGGCUUUCCAGGGCAGGAAGAGUGCGGGGGCGUUGGCGAUUGGCGACGGCAGUGUGGAAUUGUGUGCCAAGAUCGUGGCCCAAAUUGAGGGCAGAAAGUUUGUUUCCAUGGCUGUUCCUCACGCUGGAUCUUUGAGUGACGGGGUGGAGUCCAAGUUCAUCUUUGGGGGCGACUUGCGGAAUAAUGAGGUUGGGCCGGCCAUCUUUGAACACUUCCUGCCGAAAGCUCUGAAGGAAGGCUUUUUCAGGUCUGCGUUGAGGGUGGAGGUGGUGGGAAAAGGCCUGGAGUCGGUGCAGCGUGGAUUGGAUACCUUGAAGAAGGGGGUGUCGGCGAAGAAGUUGAUUGUUGAGUUGUGA